AGAUAGUCACAGGGCGAAUUGGAAUAAUUAAUGCGUCCUCCGAGUAAGAGAGUGCAAGCCAGACCCGAAAACAUACGGUGUGUGACUGGGAUUGUGUGCCCUCAGAAUUGAGUCUUCUCACUUCUGUUCAAGCUGGACUUGCACAUUCUUCCAAAAUAGUGAUUUGGGCUUAAUAAGACGACUUUUUAAUGCUAUCUGACACUGCAAGUCAAUGAUUUGUUUAAAUAGGUACUAAAGCUAACUUACGUCUGUACUUUAGUGCUUGGCGUCUCUCAUUUUAUCCCUAUCAGCAGCAAUAAGCGGUUGAAAUUUUUAACCCCGUUUAGCAGAUGUGAGGGCAGGGGUUUCGGGGAAGUACUGCUUCUCUAAGGUUUUCAGUUCAGGAAUAUUGGAGUGUUGGUGCUGGCAGGAAGGCAGUGCCUAUUUAGAAUCCAAAAGAGUGGGUAAAGACACUUCCACUGAUGAGGUUUCUGACUAGGGAAGUUACCUGGAUCACAAUUUUUCAUUUAAAACCCGAGGUCUGAUUGUCAAAUUAUUUCAUGAGGUACCGUGACAUUAAGCAUUUUGCUAUUAACGUGGAUUAGUGACUUAUUUUUAUCAAAUAAAAGGAAUGGGGAAAGGGGUAGAUUAGAUCUUCACCUCAAACCUUUAUCAAUCUCUUUACUUAAAACUCUUCUGUGGUUUUGUUAUAGAGCAGCCCCGAUAUUAAACGGGUUCCUGGCUGUGGGUCCUCACCCGUGCUCUUUAAAGGGACUUAAGAAUACUCUACUGCAGACACACACAAAAGGUUAAUAAAAGGUUUAUUUACAAGAGAAAAGGAAAUAAGGAAAAUGUACAACUCAGGGAGAAAAUAGGGAAAUAAAGUCUUUAAUGCGUCCUACCUGAUCCGAGGACCUGGAAACCCAAAGGCACUCUCAGAGCUGGCCUGAUGCUGCGAGCUGGCGGAGAGCCAAAAAUGGGGGCUCCUCCAAGGCCCACGUGUCUGCCUUUUAUAUCCACCUGGCUGCUUAACCCCACCCUCAGGUCCCAGCCACCUUCCCUUUGGUGGUGAUGGGAUUUGGAGUUCCCAGUGUCUUUGACUUUGACCUAGGGUGGGGGGUGGAGUCCACAAAGCCUAUAUGGAAUUAGCUUUGGGACAUCCUUUUCCCCCUAACAGUUUCUCAUUAUUUGCAAAAGUCCAAAAUCCCUGAUAUGGCAUACAGGCCCUUUUUGUUAUAAUCCCUCCUUAUCUCUCCAGCACAUUUCCGAUACUUCCCUUUCCUAAUAAUUUGUCAUUCCUUCUCAGUCUGUACCAGCCAUAUUAAACCACUUGAAAAUAGGCCAUGGUCUCUUUCUCCUCUAGAUGCCUACACUGGGAAUCAUGGUGUCCCUACCUGGAAUUCCCUCAACCCUUCUUUCACUUGGUUAACUGUUGUUCAACCUCUAGCACUCAGCUUAACUAUCACUCCCUCUGGAAAACUGUGACUUCUUCAGUUUGGACUGGCUUUAUCAAGCCCAUUGAUCAUAAUUGAGUUCUAGAAUUUGAAAGAGUCUAUCUUGAUAAUCUCCCCAGUGCAUCCAUGUAUGAGCGCAGUUACAUGCAUAGAGAUGUCAUCACCCAUGUGGUAUGCACCAAGACAGAUUUCAUUAUUACAGCCAGUCAUGAUGGACAUGUUAAGUUCUGGAAAAAAAUUGAAGAGGGAAUUGAGUUUGUCAAACAUUUUCGUAGUCACCUAGGAGUUAUUGAGAGUAUUGCAGUUAGCUCUGAGGGAGCAUUGUUCUGUUCUGUGGGUGAUGAUAAAGCAAUGAAGGUGUUUGAUGUAGUGAACUUUGACAUGAUCAAUAUGCUGAAGCUUGGGUAUUUUCCUGGACAAUGUGAGUGGAUCUAUUGCCCAGGGGAUGCCAUAUCGUCAGUUGCUGCUUCUGAGAAGAGUACAGGGAAAAUUUUCAUUUAUGAUGGCCGAGGAGAUAACCAACCACUUCAUAUUUUUGACAAACUUCAUAUAUCACCUCUUACUCAGAUACGUUUAAAUCCAGUUUACAAAGCAAUAGUGUCUUCUGAUAAGUCUGGAAUGAUUGAAUAUUGGACUGGGCCGCCUCAUGAAUAUAAGUUCCCAAAAAAUGUGAACUGGGAAUAUAAAACUGACACAGAUUUAUAUGAAUUUGCCAAGUGCAAGGCUUAUCCAACCAGCAUAUGUUUUUCACCUGAUGGGAAGAAAAUAGCUACUAUAGGUUCUGACAGAAAAGUUAGAAUUUUCAGGUUUUUAACUGGAAAACUCAUGAGAGUCUUUGAUGAAUCACUAAGUAUGUUUACUGAACUGCAGCAGAUGAGGCAACAGCUACCAGACAUGGAAUUUGGCCGACGAAUGGCUGUAGAACGUGAGUUGGAGAAAGUGGAUGCAGUAAGAUUAAUUAAUAUAGUUUUUGAUGAAACUGGACACUUCGUGUUAUAUGGAACAAUGUUGGGCAUUAAAGUUAUAAAUGUGGAAACAAACCGGUGUGUGCGGAUCUUAGGCAAACAGGAAAAUAUUAGAGUGAUGCAACUGGCUUUGUUCCAGGGAAUAGCCAAAAAACAUCGUGCUGCAACUACUAUAGAAAUGAAAGCUUCUGAAAACCCUGUUCUUCAGAAUAUUCAGCCUGACCCAACGAUAGUCUGUACAUCUUUCAAAAAGAAUAGAUUUUAUAUGUUUACCAAACGAGAACCAGAAGAUACAAAAAGUGCGGAUUCUGACCGAGAUGUUUUUAAUGAAAAGCCUUCUAAAGAAGAAGUCAUGGCAGCUACUCAAGCUGAAGGACCUAAGCGAGUUUCAGACAGUGCCAUUAUCCACACAAGCAUGGGAGACAUUCACAUCAAACUUUUUCCUGUUGAGUGUCCUAAGACAGUGGAAAACUUCUGUGUUCACAGCAGAAAUGGUUAUUAUAAUGGACAUACAUUUCACCGUAUAAUUAAGGGCUUCAUGAUUCAGACAGGAGAUCCAACAGGUACUGGUAUGGGAGGAGAAAGCAUAUGGGGAGGAGAAUUUGAAGAUGAAUUUCAUUCAACAUUGCGUCAUGACAGACCAUAUACACUCAGCAUGGCCAAUGCUGGAUCAAAUACUAAUGGAUCCCAGUUUUUCAUAACAGUAGUCCCAACGCCUUGGCUUGAUAAUAAGCACACAGUAUUUGGACGAGUGACUAAAGGAAUGGAAGUUGUACAGAGAAUCUCCAAUGUCAAAGUCAAUCCCAAAACAGAUAAGCCCUAUGAAGAUGUCAGCAUCAUAAAUAUUACUGUCAAGUAAAGUAAGAAUUGUUUCAUUGUACGUGUAAGUAAAAAUACACAUGUUAACACAGGAUUAUUUUAUAUUAGGAAAUUCUUAAGAAUUGUUGAACAUAGAAAUUAUGUUUCAAGGAUAUUUUUUUAAUUUUCAUUAAAGGCCAUUUGUU